AUGUUUGAUAAACAAUGUGAAGGAUGGGUUCUAGUAAGAAUUUUCAUUUGUUCUGAAAUUCGUUUUAUGAAACAUUCCGUUAAGGACGUUAUCUCGGAAUUGCCAAUUCUCAUAGUUGCGGCGAUUUAUAUUGUACUGUGUCCCUUUACGAAGGUGGAAGAGAGUUUCAAUGUGCAGGCAUCCCAUGACCUUCUCUAUCAUGGGUUCGAUAUUGACAAGUACGAUCACCUUGAAUUUCCCGGAGUUGUACCAAGGACAUUCAUAGGAUCUAUAAUCACAUCACUAAUGAGUUUUCCUAUAGUUCGUGUCUUUCAGUUUUUGGAAAUUCCCAAAUACUAUUCUCUCCUUGUAAUGCGCUUCGCCUUGGUGUUACUCAAUUUUAUGGGUAUCCAUCGUCUGCGCAGAGCAUUGGUAAAGAAAUACGGAUCGUCUGCCGGACAUGCCUUCAUUUGGAUCUGCUGCAGUCAAUUUCAUCUCAUGUUUUACCUCGGUCGUCCUCUUCCCAACACAUUUGCAUUGGCCUUAGUGACGUAUGCAUUCGGCUGCUUUCUGGACGGGCAAUACAAGCAUUUUAUUUCUUUGUUUGUUUUCUGCUGCGUGGUGAUUCGAUGCGAUACGCUCGUUCUCCUCGCUCCCUUUGUCCUCCUCCUCCUCUUUUCUCCUUCCAUUUCGUUCAUUCAAAUCAUCGCAAGCGGAAUCACAUCCGGCUUUCUUUCCCUUCUUUUAAGCGCGUCCAUAGACAGUAUUUUUUGGAGAUACGCGCUCGUUCCGGAGCUUGUCGUUCUCUAUUACAACACAAUCUUGAACAAAAGCUCGAAUUGGGGAACACAACCUUAUUCUUGGUAUUUCGUUUCGGUGAUUCCGCGUCUCUUUUACAAUUGUGCUCCGUUUCUUCCCUUCGCUCUUUGUCCUCCUCUCUCCACGUUCCUCACCAAGCCCCUUUCCAAACUCCGUUUCGCUUCUCCUCUCCAUUCAGAAUAG